UAAAAUCGAACCAGUGAGGGGCCUCGGAAGCUACAGAGGCUAAUACUACCCGGGUCGUGGUAAACAACUUCAUUCUCUUCAGUGAGUCAGAAUGUAAAGCUAAAGACAGGGAUGACGAGAUCUUUGUCCAGUGCAAUUUGAUAACGGCCGUCAAAUGGGUUUUAAAUUGGACCUUUAAAUGAAGAAUCAAGGGCCCUGCUAUUACUUAAAAUCGUCAGGGGAUUCCAGGGGGACCAUGUCAACUCUGCCGUGUCAUCGACCCAAUACCGUUUUCUUUCUGUUUGACUCAAAACACCAACAUCCUCUACCGACUCAGUUAACGCUAGUGAUGGUGAGCAUCUGCAGCGGCUAAAGGCAUGGCAGACAAUCUACGACACCAGAGGCCUCGAGCUCCAGAAUCAGAUGCUGGCAGAGCACAAGGGUUCGCGAGAUAAACAUAGAGGCAGUGCAAAGAUAAGCCAACGCAGAAGCCAUUAUCCCUUAUUCUCUCACUUUUAUAGGGCCUGGCUUGCAGCCCGAAGCUGUUUUUUACUGGAUGAAGUGUGUAUAUUAUAGUGUAAGUGGUGUCAGCUAUUGAAUGCAGUGACUGGACUUUUAAACUUACUCUUGUGAAUUCAGCCAGCUCAUCAACAAAACACAAUGGCAUCUGAUGACCACAAGGAGACAGAGAAUGACCUGUCAGAACCACUUCAAGCGGAUGAUGAGUUAUUGAGUCAGUAUGAGGAGGACCCUGCUAGCACUAACUUCAAAUCCAAAAGUUUACCUGCUCUGAAUGACUCAGGCCAGCAAAGCAAGUCCUUGUUGGCCAAGUCUAUGCAGCAGCAGGUGUCAAUAACGGAGGAAAAGUGCGAUGAAUUAAUCCAACUCCCACAGAGGAUCAACCUGAACCAACCUCUACCUGAAUCCUCCACUAGGACUAAUGUUAACUAUUCCCCUUCCAGUUCUAGUGUGGUGGGGAUGAGUAGUUCAUUUAACACAGAGACACAGGUGAGCAAGCCCAGGAGUAAAAACCCAACGAGGCAAGGCUUCCUCACCUCGAGGUUACCCCUGAUGCGUUUACCCACUAGGAAAUACAUUAAUGCAAUUCUCGAAGACUCUCGCUGUUUUUUAUUUUGCAUGUGCUACCUGACAUUCAUCCAGUCACUGAUGGUGUCUGGCUACCUUAGCAGUGUCAUCACCACCAUAGAGAAGAGGUACAGCCUCCGGAGCUCUGAGUCCGGCCUGCUCGUCAGCUGCUUUGACAUAGGCAGUCUGCUGGUGGUGGUCUUCAUCAGUUACUUCGGAGGCCGAGGGCAGAGGCCCAGGUGGUUGGCCGUGGGUGCGGUGUUCAUAGCCGUCGGAGCAGCACUCUUCUCCUUGCCUCACUUCAUCUCCCCUCCGUACCAAAUCCUGGAGGUGAACUCGUCCCGGGGCAACGAGGGCCUGUGUAUGAACAACAACGGUAGUGGCAAGGACUUCCUGGAUGUGUCUUGUCCCAGAGACCAGGAGGGUAAUGAGCACAACCUGUACGUGGCCCUGUUCAUCAUUGCACAGAUACUGGUAGGCAUGGGGUCGACGCCCAUCUACACCCUGGGACCCACCUACCUGGACGACAACGUCAAGAAGGAGAAUGCCUCUCUUUAUCUAGCUGUCAUGUACGUGAUGGGAGCCCUGGGUCCGGCUGCUGGGUACCUGAUGGGAGGAGUUCUCAUCGGCUUCUACGUCGACCCCAAGACUAUCGUCAACAUCGAUCAGAGCGACCCUCGCUUCAUUGGCAACUGGUGGAGCGGCUUCCUGCUCUGUUCCAUUGCCAUGCUACUGGUCAUAUUCCCCAUGUUCGCCUUCCCCAAGAAGCUGCCUCCCAGAAACAAGAAGAAGAAGAAGAGGAAAAAGAUCACCCUGGACAACGUGUCCAGCGAUGAUGACAUCACCAAGGAGAAGGCCGACAGCAAGAGUCAGAAGGUUACAUCAUCCAUGGGCUUCGGGAAAGACAUUAAAGAGCUGCCUAAGGCUGCAGUGAGGAUCCUGAGUAAUGUCACCUUCCUGUUUGUGAGCCUGUCCUACACUGCAGAGAGCGCCAUCGUCACCGCCUUCAUCACCUUCAUACCCAAGUUCAUCGAGUCACAGUUUGGCAUCCCGGCAUCCAGCGCUAGUAUCUACACAGGUGUGAUCAUUGUGCCCAGUGCUGGGGUGGGUAUAGUCCUGGGGGGCUACAUAAUUAAGAAGCUGAAGCUGGGAGCCAGAGAGUCAGCCAAGCUGGCCAUGAUCUGUAGUGGGGUAUCUCUUCUCUGCUUCUCUACUCUGUUCAUAGUGGGCUGUGAGAGCAUCAACCUAGGAGGCAUCAACAUACCAUACACCACUGGUCCUACUCUGACUAUGACCCAUCGUAACCUGACUGGAGGGUGUAAUGUGAACUGUGGCUGUAAGAUCCAUGAGUACGCUCCAGUCUGUGGCUCAGACGGAAUCACCUACUUCAACCCCUGCCUGGCAGGCUGCAGCAGUGUGGGCAACGACAGCACAGGAAUCAGGAACUACUCUGACUGUGCGUGUGUCCAGAGCAGGCAGGUCAUCACCCCCUCCUCUAACGGCCAAGUCAACCAGCUGCAGCUGGUCAUCGUCAAGACCUACCUGAACGAGAACGGCUACGCCGUGUCGGGGAAGUGUGACCGCACCUGCAGCACCCUCAUUCCCUUCCUCAUCUUCCUCUUCAUCGUCACACUCAUCACGGCCUGCGCUCAGCCCUCCGCCAUCAUUGUCACUCUUAGGUCCGUAGAAGAGCAGGAGAGACCCUUUGCACUCGGAAUGCAGUUUGUUCUCCUCAGGACCCUUGCCUACAUACCUACUCCCAUCUAUUUUGGGGCGGUGAUCGACACAACCUGUAUGCUGUGGCAGCAGGACUGUGGUGUCCACGGCUCCUGCUGGGAGUACGAUGUCACUUCCUUCCGCUUCGUCUACUUCGGCCUGGCCGCCAGCCUCAAGUUCAUUGGCUUCAUCUUCAUCUUUCUCACCUGGUACUCCAUCAAGUACAAGGAAGAGCGUCUGGAGCGCUGGCUGAAACACCUCUCGCCCAUGGACACGGUGAGCGACCUCAUCUGCCACGCCGGGGGACACAAGGGACACGCCCGUACCCGCUCCUGUCCCGUUAAUAUACCACGCAACGAACCUCCCAUCAUCCCCGUCCUCAACAGGGGCCUCAGCAGCCAGAGCUGCCCGGGGAACAGCCUGAAGAGCCUGAAAGCAACAACCCCGCCGGCCCCUCGCCCUCCCGCUCGCUCUCUGGAACAGGUGUCUGCCCGCGUCUGAGGGCAACUCCUACCGCCCUGCCAUCCACAGUCUCUGCAAUGUCUGCCUUUCGUACUCUGGGUUCUCACUCGUAUGGUAUUAUAGGAUACGUUCACACACACACGCACAAGACGUCACUCAGACAGGCAGCGGUUGGUCAACAUGUAUACAGGAAGACACUGGGAUGGAUACCCCAGUUAGCAAAUCUUCCCUCUACCUAGUAUGUUGGUGUCCUUUUCUCUUUGGUCUGUUUCGGUCAUGGGAGAGAAUGCAUAUCAUCUCUUUAGAAAAGUGCACCUUCGAUACUUCUCGAGAAUGAUCGUAGUGAUGGUAUUGUUGCGUGGCGCUAGGUGAAAAUGACAUGAAUAAUAUCCUCCAUUGCUCAGUUUUAGUGUUCAUUCUAAGACCUCAGCAUGACGAGGUGACUGAGCUAAGCAGCUUGGCCAGCGAGCAUAAACUAAAUCCUCUACUAUGCAAGGUCAUUUUCUUUUCCCCUAUUAUUUAAUGGCAAGCUGUAUUAAAAGCACACAUUGAGCAUUGCCUUCCCUUUCCAUACAAUCUGGAAAUGUCAUUCAGUAUCGCCCCAGACCUGCGUGUAAUGAUGAGUGGUUGACUUGGAAAAGAUGUGUCUGGAUACGUUUGGAAUUGGAACCAUUUCUCCGUGGUUACCUCAUAGACAGGCCCACAAAUAUAUCCCUCGCCUUAGUUCUAUUUCAGACAACACUUGGGCUGCAUUCUAAAUGGUAUUCUAUUCUCUAUAUACAUGCAGUGCUAUACAUUUGACAAUGGCCGAUAGGUCUUUGGUCCAAAGUAGUGAACUACAUGGGGAAUAGGGUGCCAUUUGGGGCACAAGCUAAGUGCACUCAUGAUGACCCCCCUCAGUGUUGCUUCGUGUGCCAUGGGCUUUACAGAACGAAGGCAUCUUUUGCUUACCGAUCUCUUAUUAACAUGUCUUGUUUCAGACAAAAAUCCCAAUUGAAAUGUUUAUGUCCCAAAUGGUACCUUAUUCCCUUUAUAGUGUGCCACUUUUGACCAGGGCAAGAGUAGUGCGCUACAUAGGGAAUAAGGUGCCGUUUGGCACACAUACAAUGUUUUAACCAACCAGACUCCCUGCUGGCUCUGUGGUGGAGCAGAACCAGACCCCCUGCUGGCUCUGUGGUGGAGCAGACCAGACCCCCUGCUGGCUCUGUGGUGGAGCAGAACCAGACCCCCUGCUGGCUCUGUGGUGGAGUAGACCAGACCCCCUGCUGGCUCUGUGGUGGAGCAGAACCAGACCCCCUGCUGGCUCUGUGGUGGAGCAGAACCAGACCCCCUGCUGGCUCUGUGGUGGAGCAGAACCAGACCAGUGCUGCUUGUGCAAAGAGACUCUGCUGUGCUUCCCAUGAUUAGCUAAUCCACACAAAUCAACCACUAUUUCACAUUCGUUAGUCAGUAGUUUAGUAAGUAGCCUCUGUCACCGGCUUUCACCUUACCUUCGAGCGAAGACUAGGAGUCUGGCCAGUAGUUUAGAUUAGCUUAUUAGGUCUGUAACUGGAUGCCUAGAUUAUUUGAUUUACCAACAGCAGGGCCACUUCUCCUAUGUAUUGUGUAACCGAUAAUAAUUAUUAUAAUGUCCAACUACUCACUAUGUCUACGAUAGAGCAUGUCCUACUGAACAACUGUCAAAGUGAUAUCAAUCAUGGCUGCUGAGGUUGUUUGUUUUGCCUUUUGGUGAAGUUUCUUUUGUAUUUGUAUUGUAUAUUUGUAUUAAUUCAAAGAAAAGCAGACUAAUUUCUUAAGCAGUGCUAAAUCAAGUUUAGGGUUGGGAGUUACUAACUCCCACAGCUCGGUAAUCAAUACAAUUACAUGGACAGAGGCGACCUGAUUCUAGAUUAGCACUACUUCUCGGAGACUAGUGAUACAAGCUACCUCUAGCUUGUAUCACUAGCAACAAGAUCGUUGAAACAAGUAGUUAAUGGGUGUAACAUGCAAUAUUGAAGUACAUAUUGCUAUUGGUUUUACAGGGUGGUUGAGGACACCUGCUAGUCAGAUGUGGUAAGCAAUAUUGUAGAAAUACUCAAAUGAAGCUGAUGUGUUUCCCCAAGUGAAAUAACUAGACAGAAAUUUGGUGGAAUAAUCUUAAUUUUCAGUUUAUUUUAGCACUUAAAUAUUAGAAGCUAAAAUUAUGCUUUUCUAUGCAUCUAUGUUGAAUUUGGGCAGGUGGAAUAGCACUGAGCCUGUAAACAACCAAUUUCACUACACCUAUCCGGUGUAUGUGACAAUAAUUUUAUUGACAAUAGUUAUUUUUACUUCCAUGAUACAAUGUGGCUGUUGGUUUAGAGUUAAUAGCUUUAAAACUAUGGGAUAUUAUAACAUGUUACCGUUAGUAUGGAAAGGUACCAUAGCUCUUUAUAGUAAAAUGACUGACAUUGUGAGCUAGAAUAACAGUGUAAUGCAUCCAGUAGUAGUUGUGAUAGACAUAAUUGCUGCAUGUAAUAAUGUUUCAGGACCAGACACUAUUAUUAAUGGAAAUAAGUCACAUAACUCUUAGUCAGACAUUCCAUUUCAUGUGAAAGAAAAAGUAGAAUACAUAGAGUAAAUCAGGUGCAUAUUAAUCACAAUUCUAGCGAGACUACAUUUUGCGACAAGAAUUCUCCUAACUUUAGUGUUAUUGAAUCGGUUAGUGAAAGGCUACAGUAUUAUGUUUCUCAGUGCCUACUUUUCCUACUAAUUGAUUGAAGUUGAGAUGUUGCCGAUUCUGAAAUGCUCUUGACUUCAUGUAAUGGAACUCAAUGAUAAGGCUGACUUUGGACUGUGAAGAAUUUGACUCUAGGAUUUUUGGUUGACUUGCUGCCAUCAUUAGACCUUUUCAGCCUAUACUGUACCUAUAGUACCAGGAUGUUUGUUGUAGAAUUCUGGUACUCUUGUGAUCCUCACCGUCAAACCUACGGUUCCUCUGGAGAUAGGAGAGAGGAGCUCUCACUUUUACCGCCCCGUGUAGUGCUGUUUAUCAGUCUUUGUAUGUGGCAUAAAAUAAGGAUUUGACCUGGAUGUCACCAUAAGGACAAUUUCAGGUAGAUUUAUCUUCUUUUUUUUCUUUCUUUGUUGCAGUAUUAUAUUUAUUUAAUUUCAAAUGACAGUGUUUUAAUUACAAGUUAAUGCCUAUGCUAUAUGGUUGACAUCAUAAGAAAGAAAAUGUACAUUGUUUGUGGACACACUGUUUACAAAUUCCUUCGAUACUUGACAUCUGUCAAUUAAAAUUCAGAAAAAUAAAUAUUGAAUUGAAUCGCGA